UCUUUGCGAUUGCGCACUGUGGUCCGUCGCUGAUGCAAGAAAUUUUACGCGGAGAUCUGAGGCUGGUCGAAGGAUAAGAAGUUCUGUGAUUUGUAUCGUUUUUUCAUUGUGCAAACAUGUCGGGAGACGAGAUGAUUUUUGAUCCUAACAUGACCAAGAAGAAAAAGAAGAAGAAGAAGCCUUUCAUGGUGGAUGAGGAAGGAGGAGAGGGCGCAGGAGGAGAAGAGGCGAAAGAGGGAGAAGCAAAGGAGGUCGAGCCAGAGGUUGAAGAGAAAGAAGUGGAUCUAGAAGAAGAUGAAAGCAGGAAGAAAGUUAAAUUUCUUUUAGAACCAUCGGAUGAUUUGAAUGACCUGAACUUUGCCAACCAGAAGAAAAAGAAGAAGAAACCUAAAAAAGUGUUCGAUGAUUUAGAAGAAGAAUUAAAGGAAUUAAAAAUUGAAGGCGAACAAACAAAGGCGCAAGAGGAGGACCUGGAUUUGGUUCUUCCAACAAAAAAGAAGAAGCCAAAGAAAAGUGACUUUGAUGAAGGAGGGAAAGAGUUGUUGGAAAACGAUGAAGCACUGGAAGAUGAUGAGAGCAAGAUCAGUGAUGGGAUUUCUUUCAGCUCCUCUACAGGACCUGCCUGGGCAGGCUCAGAAAGGGAUUACACCUACGAUGAGCUCCUAAAUAGAGUCUUCAACAUCAUGAGAGAAAAGAACCCGGACAUGGUGGCCGGAGAGAAGAGGAAGUUUGUGAUGAAGCCUCCUCAAGUGGUCCGAGUGGGAACCAAAAAAACCUCUUUUGUCAACUUCACAGACAUCUGCAAACUGUUGCAUCGUCAGCCUAAACAUCUCCUCGCUUUUCUGCUGGCUGAGCUGGGAACGAGCGGCUCCAUAGAUGGAAAUAAUCAGCUGGUGAUCAAAGGCAGAUUUCAACAGAAACAGAUUGAAAAUGUGUUAAGAAGAUACAUCAAGGAAUAUGUGACAUGUCACACCUGCCGCUCUCCAGAAACCAUCUUGCAGAAGGACACUCGUCUUUAUUUCCUGCAGUGCGAGACCUGCCACUCCCGCUGCUCCGUGGCUAGCAUCAAGGCCGGCUUCCAGGCUGUGACUAGCAAGAGGGCACAGCUCCGCGCCAAAGCCAACUGAAGGCCGUCUCUACUGGGCUCCCCGUCUUCUCUUGGCUUGUUUCUUUCUUUGAAGAAUUUCCGAAGCUGGGGUCGGCUGCCCCUCUUUGAUCUACUAAAAGGACUCUCUGAAUCAAACUGUGGGAGAGUUUGCCUUUAGUUGUCAUUGCUGGACCAGGUUUCGUGCGGAGAGGGAAUGUAUCUAAAACCAGUUUUGGUAAAGGCACCAUGUUUGUCACAUUCACUAAGAUUGAGUGCAGUUUGAUUUUUGUUUGGCUGACAGACUCAAAAGAAAAAAUACUUCUCAUUUGCUGUGAUUCUUGUUUUCUUGAAGAAAAGCCUGAAUACCCGUUUUGAAUCCUUUCAUUCUUCUCCCACUUCUUCACACAAUAGACACAUUUCAGAAAAGAAAUUUUUCCAGAGUAAGUCAAGUUAUGUUCACUUAUUUUAACAAUGACAAUGCUCUGUUACUUUGGUAAAUGAAAACAAGAUUUGAAAUAGUUUUUCAAAGUCUCCCAAGUUUCAGUUCAGUUGUUCCUGAAACAAUUAGUAGUCGUGUUCUACUGAGAGACUCAGAUUUACAGUUUUCCAGUGAAGUACACCACCUUACAAGACUUGGUCUGCAGAGGUGGAGACUUGAUGAAUAAAUGUGCAUGGGGAGGGAGGCUGUGUUCAGAAA